AUGUCGCAAAACCCAGUAGACAUCCCGCCCAAUUCCUCCAGCGGCGAUGGUGCCGACCAAUCCGCCAUCGACUCCUCAGGCUCGUCGCCCGUGAUGCCACACGCCAUCAUGCACCAUCGUCAUCUCAGCGGCGGUCCCGGCGUUGGUCCCGGCACCGCCUCCCCCGGUCGCUACAGCGUGACACAAGCCCAACAGCUCGCUUCACGCAUGGCCGAGCAGGCGCAGAAAGAAACCACCUCAUCGUCCAAACAGCAAGACCUCUCGCGCUCUUCCUCCGUCCGAGCCUCGCGCAAGCUGUCCGGAGGCACGCCCGGGUUCUCGACCGCCUCGCCGAGGCACUUCUCGCAGUCCAGACCGGCGCCGUUCCCGCAAGCGAACCAGAGGGAGGCGUUCGAUGUGGCGGUUGCGAGCUCCAAUCUGGCCAGCUCGUCGGAUGGGUUGCAGGCGUUGUUGCGCGAUCAUCCGGAGUUGGUAUCGAGCAGUCUGGCUGCUGCUGCGGGGCCGAAUCUGGCUAUGACGGGGACGUAUAGUACGAGGUCUGGCAGUCAUGCGGGGAGCAAGUCGAACAGUGUUCCCGGUACGCCGUUUGAGGGACCGGACCAGGCUAAUCAGCAGGGACCCAUGCUUGCUAUGGGCGGUUCGCUGUCUAACUCGUUCCAUCAGAGCCAGGCGCAGCAGCAUCACGGCGUCACCUCGCCUCAGCAUGAUAAUGGUCGAGGACGCAUCCUCAAAGAUGCACCCGAGGUGGGCGAAGGCGGUCCCUCCGGCAGCCACAGCGGCCUCGGAACCGCUCUCGGUCUGGGCCAUGGCAUGCGUACCGGCGUUACCACGCCCAACCUCGGCGCUGCUGGUGCGCGACCCGACUACUCGGGCGCCAAGAUCGUCGUCUGCAUGGUCGGCCUCCCCGCGCGUGGCAAGAGCUACGUCGCCAACCGCGUGCUCAAGUACCUCCGUUGGCUCGAGUACGAUGUCAAAGUGUUCAACGUCGGACAGCUGCGACGUGCGCUGGCCCGUGCCAAGUUCAACUCGUCCGGUGUCAAGGAGGAUCACGGUGCCAACUUUUUCGAUCCCUCCAAUCCGUCUGCCUACAAGCUUCGGAGCCAGAUGGCGGAGGAGUGUCUCGAGCAGCUCAUCGGCUGGCUCAAGCGCGGCGGCAACGUCGGUAUCCACGAUGCGACCAACUCGACUCAGGCGCGUCGCAAGGAGAUCGCGGAUCGAAUUGCCAAAGAGCCGGAUCUGAAGCUGGUCUUCCUCGAAUCGAUCUGUACGGAUCCGAACGUGAUCGACAAGAACAUUGCGGUCAAGGUGAGCAGUGGUGAUCCGGACUAUGCUGGGAUGACGCCUGAGGCGGCGAAGGCGGAUUUUUUGGAACGCAUUCGACACUACGAGGAGACCUACGAGCCGGUCAACGGCGAUGGAAGUGAGGCGCACUACAGCUACGUCAAGGUGACCGACAUUGGCAAGAGCGUCACCAUCAAUCGCAUUCAGGGCUACCUCGAGUCGCGCAUCGCCUUCUACCUGAUGAACCUGCACUUGACGCCGCGCAACAUCUUCUUCUCGCGUCACGGCGAGUCGCAGUACAACGUCGAGGGCAAGAUCGGUGGUGAUUCGGAUUUGUCCCCUCGUGGCUGGAUGUAUGCCAAGGCGCUGCCGCAGUUGAUCAAGGACAACAUCGGUGAUGCGCCGUUGACUGUCUGGCACAGCACACUGCGACGUACCGGUCAGACCGCGAGCGAACUGCCCUACCCGAAGCUGGCGUGGAAGAGCCUGGACGAGCUCGACGCCGGUGUCUGCGACGCAAUGACGUACGAAGAGAUCGAAAAGUAUUACCCCGAGGACUACGCCAAUCGCGACGAUGACAAGUUCAACUACCGUUACCGCGGUGGCGAGUCGUACCGCGACGUUGUGGUGCGGCUGGAGCCUAUCAUCAUGGAGCUGGAACGCCAGGAGAACAUCCUCAUCAUCGGUCAUCAGGCCAUCAUCCGAUGUCUAUACGCCUACUUCCACGCGCUCUCGCAGGAAGAUCUGCCGUACAUCAAGAUCCCUCUGCACACAGUGAUUCAGCUGACUCCCAAGGCGUACGGAUGUGACGAGAAGAGGUUCCAGCUGCCCAUCGAGGCGGUGGACACGCACAGGCCGAAGCCGCUGAGGAGUGACUUGGACGAUCAUCCCCCGACACCACCGAUGGAUCCGUUGGAGGAGGCUGCCACCAGUGCGCCGCCCAGUCAGGUCAAGCCUAAUGUCGAGGUCGCAUAG